UACUCUGACAGUGUUUAUAUUUACAGUCGUCUCGAUACGUUCUCCGAUCCGUAGCGAUCUCUCGCGGCGUCGCCGCGAAUCAAUUCGAUCCCUCCCCUCUCCUUUCCGCCCGCGGCUCCUCGACCGUUCGCGUUGCGGCGCAUUUAUACGGGCGGCCUGUCUCUAGGCGCCUCAGUCUAUGAUCGAGACGCGACAGCGUGAGUAUGGGGUGCGCGCGCAAUACCCCGCGAGACGUAUCGUACGGCAUUGCGCUUUGAACCGUUUGACGACGAGCAACGAGAAACGACGCGACGGAUUCGUAACGCUUUUCGAGAAGAUAGAGGAGAGAUAAGAAGCACACCUCGGGUCCUCGUCUACAUAUUCCUCGUCACAACACAGUCACUUCGAUAGCGCAAUUCGCGGCGCGAGCGCGCCCGAUACGCGUAUGUCGCCGGGAAAUCCGACCGGCUCCGAGCAUUCGAUUUUCCGCUCGAUGAGUGAAAGAUUGGUCGCGCUAUCGUGAGACGAGAUCGGGAUCCUCGCGGGAUUUUCCGCGAUUGCGGUGAUCCGGUGUUGGGGACUCGGGAAGAAGGAUCUCCUUUGGAUUCGCGAAGCAAAUUUUUCGAAUUGUUGAAAUCAUGUCGGUGCUACUGGAAGGUAGAUCGUACAGGCCGUUCAAGUCCUCGGAGGAAUACCUCGUAGCGAUGAAGGAGGACCUAGCUGAAUGGCUAAAUGCUCUGUAUCCGGAGCUGAGGAUCAAUCUCGACAAUUUUAUGGACCGAUUGGACACCGGCGUUGCUCUAUGUAAACAUGCGAACAACGUGCGGAAAUAUGCGGGCGAUUACGUGGCGCGACGUCAGGCCCGCAAAAUGCCGAUGACACGCUCGAUAACCUCGUUGGCGUUGCCGAUGAGCCAGGUAGGUGAUGUGCCCUACCUGCCAAACGCCAAAGCCGGCACUUUCUUCGCCCGCGACAACGUCUCAAACUUCAUCGACUGGUGCCGCAACAGUCUCGGCAUCAUCGAGUGCCUGCUCUUCGAGACCGAGGACCUGAUAAUGCGUAAGAACGAGCGACACGUGAUAUUAUGCCUGCUGGAGGUGGCGCGUCGCGGCGCCAAGUUCGGCAUGCUCGCGCCGUUGCUGGUCCAGAUGGAGAGGCAGAUUGAUCGCGAGAUCGCCGCCGAGAAUAAGGCGGCGAAUGGCGCCGACAACGAGGAGAGCGACGACGAGUACGAGGAAGAGCCGUGUCUCAUAUACGGACCUCAGCCGCAGAUCAUCACGAACGAUCUCAAGACCCUCCACGAAUUGGUUCGCGAUAUCGUGGAGGAAUGCACAUGUCCGACGCAGUUUCCGAUGAUUCACGUAGCUGAGGGCAAGUAUCGGAUCGGCGACACCAAGGUCACGAUCUACGUCCGGGUCCUACGUAGUCACGUGAUGGUCCGUGUCGGUGGUGGAUGGGACACACUCAGUCAUUAUUUAGAAAAACACGAUCCGUGCCGAUGCAGGAACUCGCAUCGCUCGAUGGUCUCAGCGAAGCUCAUUCAAAAGGCCGGCGGAUCCUUCGACCUGGGCAACACGCAGGUGCAUUAUGAACGAUCAUCACCUCCGAGAACCCGGCGGAGUUCCGCGUCGAGCGUCGGUUCGGUGCAGAAUCUACAAUCGGCGCAGCUGCACGCACCACCCAGAAGCAUUUCCAGCAAUCGCUCGCGAUCGCCCACACCUCACCGGCCGACGACCGGCAGCAAGCAACAACAACAACAACAACAGCAUCAGCUGCAAUCGUGCGACGAGCUGAAGAAGCGCUCGAGGAGCCCAACGCCGCAUAGGAAACUGUUGGCGAGCCCGAAUCAGCAUCAGGCCGAUUUGACGAAACAGAGAUCGAGGUCGCCGACGCCUAGGGCGAAUCUGAGAUCGAGAAGUCCGACGCCGCGGAAGAAUAUAGAUUCGUUCAAAAGAAACGAGGAGGCGCGAUCGCCAACUUAUCACGGAAAACUUCAAGAAAAUAGCCGAGAGAGCGGUCUUAAAGUACCGGGCGAGUUUACGAAACGAUACAUCGUGGAGGGUGGCGUGGCGCGUCGUGCCGUCGAGAAAGACGACACGCCGAAGUACGAGCCGUCCAUCUACAACUACAAGUGCAGCGAGGACUCGAGCGGCAGUCGAAGCCCCACGCCGAGUAAAGAGGAACAACCACCCAUCGAGACUUUCGGCAAGGACACCACGGCCAACACCCAGAAGUCGCCGCACGGCGAUGGAGAGCACUCGGACAACUGUAGCGAGGUGUCCGACGAGGGUUACCGGAGCCUCGGUGCCGUCCAAUCGUCCACGGCCAACGGCAAUUCCGCCAGUACGCAGAGCUCGCCCACGGUUGCCGAUUGUCAAAAGCAACCACCAAAAACAGAGUCCGAGGAAAGAUCUGGCGUGGAAACCGAUAGUAUCGAGACCGGGCUGCGCAAGGUAAUUCGAAAGGAUAGGCUGGCGAGUCCUUUACGAGUCUCGUCCCCGUCCAGGAGCAUGGCGUCCUCGUCGACUGGCGACAGGACGCCACGCGCCGGUUCUGUCGUGCGAGAGAACAGCAAUCUAUCCAAGACGUCGUCCGGCAGUAAGACGCCCAAGGACAGCAAUUCUAGCCCGGAGGGUAGCCCGCUAAACCGAGGUGGUUCGAUACGCAGGGGCAACGGAAGCUACGGAACGGUACGCAAGUCAACGCCGACCGGAAGUCUGAGCAAAGCGUUGUCGCCGAUACCGAUAUCCAAUUCCACGAAAACAUCCGUCGGCGGUAGUGCCACGUGGAACGGUCGACAGACUAAGCGGCGAGCGAGUAUUCAGACAGACACCUUCCUGGAUCCGAGAUCGACGCCGGUCACGUGCACCUCGACGCCGAGUUUCUCGCGAAAGAGUCCAGGCAGGCAGAGUCUGCAGUCACGGCCGAAUCUCAACGGCGGGAUUCAAUACGAUAGGAACGGCAGGAGGAUCAGAGGGUCUGCUACGGGCACCGCUUCCCUUCAAUCGUCGCCUACCAAGGUAACGAAUCCGUUGCUCGAUCAAAUUUUGCAAAAACUGGGCGACUUGAAGGACGAGCGUCAAAUGGUGCAGAAGCUGCAAGGCCUUCUCAGGGACUAUCAGGCUAGUUCGACCGAUGGUGCCGCGAAUAUGGAUUUCGCGAAAAUGUGGGUGGACAGUAACGGGACGAUGACUGUGCCCCAGGACCUUCAGGUAUCAGUUACUCCCCGAAAAGAUCCCAAACCCCAGGAAGGUUGCUCGAGGAUACCAGUGCCUCGUACUGUCUCUUAUAAAAGACCCAUGUCUGUAGCGUCGGACAGCGUUUGAGAAUGGUUUUUCUUUUUUCAUCGAGUUUUGAGAAUCAAGGUAUAUUCUAGGGUAACCUUCCUGUGUUAAGCUAAGUUAGGCUGAUCGGGUCAGUGCUGGCGUAGCGAGAGCAACUAUGCGCGAAUAAUCGCGUUUUUUUCACUAUGCUUGAUUCUUGAUUCGAUUUAAUAGAUAAGUCGGACGUCUUAAUCAUGAUAGAAGAUAGGAGUGUAUAUAUUUUAUAGUUGACUUGAAAAUAUGUUUUAUAAUUGACUUAAAAAAAAAAAAUAGUAUUUAAAGAAGGACUGAAAGAGAAGAGAUCGUAGUUUAAAAAGUACAGAUUUUUAGAGGCGAAGAAAAAAAAUUGAAAGAGUCCAUGAUAAUAAAUAUUGAAUUAUUUCAAAAGGUUUACUUUUUGGAAUAAAAUUUUUAUUUUUAGAGAGUAUUGUAAAAAGUAUCUUUCGUAAAAUUAAAAAUGGAUUGCUAAAGUAAAAUCUUUAAUUUAUUUUAGUUACUAUUUUUUAGAUUUUCUUUCAAUAUUGAAAGAAAGGCACUCUUUAAGAUCCUCUCUUCUAAAUAUUUCAAAAAUUUACAAAAUUUACGAAUUAAUUGCUUUUAUAAGUUUGAAGUUUAGAACUGCUCGAAAAACAUUUAUAAGUUCUAAUACUUGAAAUUUUAAAAGUUUUAGAGAAAUUAUAUUUUAUUUGAAUUUUUAGGAUCUACCGAAUUUUUAGGAAAUACCGAAAAAUUCAAAUUCUACAUGAAAUGUUUUGUAUUGUUUAAAUGUUUGUUUUGCUAUCGUGUAUGUUAUCAUCAUGGCAAACAGUUCGACGCUUGGACUAUUGCUUUCUAUUUCUGCUCUUCGCCUACGCCUUCAACAACCAUCAUUGUAGAUCGAAGACGUCCGACUAGAGAGUAACUUAACGGGCCUUAACGGUACGGGGUCAAUCAGUUAGUAGCUCUUAGUAGUCACGUAUCGGGGUGGUGCUUAGAUGGUGCUGAAGAAUGAGAUGACGUUUACGAUAGACAACAAAGUAAAAGAGAGAAAAGGAAAGGAAACUCGUUCCGUGGACAAGUUUUCAAUUCAUUAAUACGGAAUGAAAAGUGUGCAAUUAAAUGCGGCGAGUCUCGCAUUAAUGGCUUCCCAAUCCUUUACUCCCAAUCGAUUUACUUCCAAUCAUUUAGUUCAUCACUCUAUACAUUCGUCAAUAUUGCUAAGGUCGAAAUAAUAAACUUUAAAUUACCAUGGAAAUUUAUUUAAAAAAUUUGUUUAAUUACUUUUAUCUCGUGGACAUAUUGUGAUAUUUUUUUAUCAAAAUUAUGUACAUAAAGUUUCCUUAAGUUUUUAAAUCUUUCGAUAUAUAUAAAUGCUAUUUAUAUAUUUUUAUUCGUGAUUUGACGAGCAUGGUACUUUAAGAAUUAAUACCGUCAAUGAUGUACAGAUUUUCAAGAUCACAUAUCGUGGAAAAGAGGAGACCGUCGCAAUUGCAUACUCAAUCGUUGCCGAUCGGUAAAACGCCUAAUCAUUUUUAUUUAAUUAUAUAGUUUAUCGGUUAUAUUUAUCGAUGAGAUAAUUUAUUUAUACGUUACGGCUUCGCCACGAAAGAGGGGAAAAAAAGGAGUGAAAAAGAAUACGAAAAAUACGGGAGGAAGAAUUGAUUAAAAAUUAAGAAGCGAAUAAAAACGAGAGGAUCUCACACGUUUGAAUCCAUCGGAUAUAUAAAAUCAAACGCCCCCUUCUCCCCGCCUCGUUUCCACCAACCUGAAACAGACUGCAUUGUGUAGUGUAGAUAAUGCCAUUCCAGUGUUUAACUGUUUUUUAUACGAAACGCGAGCGUAGCGCCAAAUUUUGUACCAAGUGUCUUAGUAACGGAUUAAGGCGAAGAGAAAAAGGAUUUAUUUUGUCGACGCGACUAGCAUGCGAAAGAGGGAUAUUUUUUAGUACCGUGGUUAGAUAGUAAACGGUCAAUAUACGACGGCCUGAGUAAGAGCGUUUGACGAAUAUUCGUACGACGAUGAUGUUGCCGAUCGAUCGCCUCCUUCUCCGUUGAUUUUUCGUCGCCGAAAUUUUCAGGAGUCUUCUUUAAUUCGCAAACUCGUUGUACGCAUAUUAUACGGCCAUCGUGUAGGAAAUAUGCGAAAAUCGUGACGAAUCUUCUGAUGUAAAAAGCGAGGAUUAGUCGCGAUGAGAACUCCUUGCCUUAUUCGGAAUUCGAACAAUUUCCUACAUCUUACGCGUAUAAUAUCGUCGUGUUUUCUACACACACACACACACACACACACACACACACACACACACACACACACACACACACACACACACACACACACACACACACACACAAAUUAUAUAAAAUUAUAUACAUUGCCUGUAAAUAUAUCCGUGAGCAGUUUCGGCGAAAAAUCUUUUAUUCUGCUCAUUGCAAUUAAAUUAAUCUCUAGUCUAGACGGCCAUGUAUACGUUACGGUGUGUAUCAUUUAUUUUACUCCGAGAUGGAAGUUUGCGAUGACGUUUAAAUAAAUGCACACGAAACAGAUGGCCGAGAAAACACGACGGAUUUGCUACUGAAGUUCGGUGCUGCGCAAACAUGGCGUUUUAUAUCUUCUGUAAAUACAUAUAACGAAUACGUUGUUAUAGAAGCAUAUCUUCGUUUUUAUCACGUAAAGCAUGUUCUAUUGAGUUAAGCUAAGUUGACUUAACCCUUCGAUAAUCAUUGCGAUUAACACGGGUUAUUUGUUAUGUCUCAUUAGUUUACGAUACAAUGCGUAUUUUUAUAUUUGGGCUUUUCAUCGUAAUAUAAAAAAUAUUAGUGUAUAGUGGGUGAAGAAAAUGUUUUGAAAAUUAUCACGUGAAUUCUCAAAACAGAGUCACUUGAAAAAAAAAAAAAAAUACGAAUAAUCGAUAUUACAUUGACAAAAUUUUUGUCUUUGCCCGUCAUUGAAGGGUUAAGUAUGUCGAGAUACUAAAUCGCCAAACAUCAGCCUCAGAGAAAAUCGGAGAUGGAUCUCAUUCGAGAGAUAUCACAUAUCGCAUGAUCGCACGAUGCGCAUAACCACAGAAUAUUUCUCCAGAGCAUACAGAAUUCAACUGAGCAUUAUAUAUAUUUUUAAAUCAUUUUUUCUGUAAAAUAUCAUUGAGACAUUAUUUUAAUCGAUAAUAGUAUCAUCAUUUAUUAACUUUCCCGAGACAGAAUAAGUACACAUUCAUGAGUGGAGUUACACGUAAAUGUUUGUAUCCAUAUUUCGAAAAGUUGCAUGAAGUUGCAACGGAAUUAAAUGUUGAGAAAAAAAAAAAAGUAUCGUUAUUUUGAAUGCAACACGAUUGUUCAAACUCUGUAUUUUUCUGGGAAAAUAUUGCGCUCGGUUUCGCUUUUCUUAACAGUCAUAGUAUCGCAACAACGUUCGCUACCAGAACGAUCUGGUAGCGAAAGAUAAGAGAAAUAUUAGUUCUCCCGUUAGAGUGCGCGUUAAUUUAGGCGCCGGGCGGCUAAUUCUUAGGCCUAAGCUUUUGUAACCCCAACGAUAUCACGGCCGUGCGUUAAUGAUUAAGCAAUAUCGACGAUUUACCAAUAUUAAUAUUAUUAUUACAAUAUUAUUAAUACAAUAUUAUAGCUAUAUUAUUGCUACGAUGAUAAUGAUAAUUAUUAUCUAUUAUAUUAUAUUAUUACGAGAUUAUUAUUACCAUCAAGAGAAUAAUGCAGAUUAAUUGCUAUGAUUAUUAUACGCAACGUUGCCUAUGUUAUGUUAUCAUUUUAUCUACGAACAGUUGUAAAUUGACCAAAAACUAUAUAAAAAGAUUAAUAAAAGGCCUUAACAAGAA